AUGAGAUCACUCGUCUCGAAGUAUCUGGCUAGACAUGCGUAUCGUACGGCAAGAAUAAAAGGUUCCACUCCUGUUGCUACAUAUAGACAACCACGACAUCGUCUUUCCAGCAGCAGCAGCAGCAGCAGCUUCCAUGAUCUCUUCAACCCAACCCAAGAACAUGCGCAAUUGCGAGCAAUGCUCCGAGACUUUGUCCAAAAUGAGGUCGAACCACAAGCCAUGGAAUUCAAUCGAACCGAAACCUUCAAUUUGCCUUUGAUGAAACAACUAGGAGAUUUGGGAUUGCUCGGAUUGACUGUUCCGGAAGAAUAUGGAGGAUCCGGAAUGAUGGGUGACGCUACUUCGGUGGUGAUGGUUCAUGAAGAAUUGAGUGCCUCGGAUCCCGCCUUUUGUUUGAGUUAUUUGGCACAUUCCUUGCUCCUCACGCACAAUCUAUCCACCAAUGGCAGUGAAACACAAAAGCUUGCCUAUCUACCAAGAGCGUGCUCCGGUGAGAUUAUUGGUGGCAUGGCCAUGAGCGAACCAGGCGCCGGAACCGACGUUUUGGGCAUGACCACCAAGGCAGUGGUAUUGCAGCACCAGGACGCCAUGAAUCAUCAAAAUAGUUGGACGUUAAGUGGCCGCAAAAUGUGGAUCACCAAUGGGACCAUUGACAAUGGCCAAACGACGGGAGACUUGUUUUUGGUGUAUGCUCGAACAGGACCGGAACGACAAGACCUUACGGCCUUUUUGGUGGAAAAGGACAUGCCUGGAUUCGAAUUAGGCCAACAAAUCAAGGACAAGUUGGGAAUGAGAGCCUCGCCGACCGCAGAACUUGUCUUGGACAACGUGUCGGUACCGCCGCAAAAUGUGGUGGGAGAAAUAAAUGGUGCCACCCUCUGCAUGAUGCGCAAUUUGGAGGUGGAACGACUGGGACUCGCGGCUAUGGCCUUGGGGAUUGCCCGACGGAGCAUUAACGUAAUGAAGGAGUAUGCUUCCCAACGACAAGCUUUUGGAAGUGAUUUGUACAAGUUUGGUCAAGUCCAGCAAAUGAUCACCACCAGUUAUGCGGAAUACAUGGCUGGGCGAUGUUAUGUGUAUGCACUGGCCAAUCGAUUGGAUUUGGAGACGUAUGGCAAUGGACUCGAUGCGGAUGGAACCAAAUUGUAUUGUGCCCAAAUGGCCAAAACCGUUGCGGAUCGGUCCAUUCAAGUUUUAGGAGGAUAUGGUUACGUUGGAGAUUAUGCUGUGGAACGGCUCUGGAGGGAUGCCAAACUAUUGGAGAUUGGAGGAGGCACCAAUGAAUCCCACCACAAGAACAUGGCGCGGGAUUUGAAAGCUAUGCCACACGAAAUAGAAUAA